AUGUCGUCCAUCGCUGAAAUCGAACAAGAGAAGAAGACGUACCAAGAACAAUUCGAUAUCGUUCUCGGUCAGCUACGCGAUGACCCCGAUAACGUCGAGCUCAAAGCUUUAAAGGACGAGUUGAACAGCUUCAUCGAUCUUCUCAAUGAACAAAUUGCUGAGCUCAAGCCUGCCCAGGCGCCCAAGCCCGCCCCCAGAGAACCAUCACCGCCACCUCAGCCUGAGAAAUGGUCUCGCGAGAACCAUCCAGCCUUUAAGAAAGCAGCUCCAGUGGAGGAAGAGAAGCAGGCUCCUGCAAACUAUCAGGUCAACGAUACAAUUCUAGCCAAGUGGGUUUCUGGUGACAAGGCUUUCUACCCAGCGCGCAUUACAUCUAUCACUGGAUCCUCAACAGACCCUAUCUACACCGUCAAGUUCAAGACCUACGAUAACACCGAGACCUUGCGGUCUCGCGAUAUUCGACCUGUGUCAAACAAGCGAAAGGCGGACGGUACGCCAACAACUUCAGCACCAGCAACACCUCCGGCCCCUGGACUGGUUUCAUCAGCGGGCGCGACAGUAUAUCCUGAAGCGAAGAAGGCAGCCGAGCAAGAUGGUGAAGUAAAGCCUCCCAAGGCCAAGAAGAUCAAGGCCAAGAAGGAACUCGAGAAAAACAAGAAUAAGUGGCAAGAAUUCAGCGCAAAGUCCAAGUUUGGAAAGAACCAAAAGAAGGACAGCAUGUUCCGUACUCCAGACGGCGUCCACGGUAGAGUUGGCUUUACAGGCUCUGGCCAGGCCAUGCGAAAAGACCCCACUCGAAGCCGUCAUGUCUAUCAAAUGAACGAUGAGCUAGACUAA